AUGGUGGUGGUGGAAGAAACCAUGGAAUGUGCACAAUUCACAGUGAGGGAUGCUGACCUCGGCCUGGGUUGUAUCAGCCUCAUGCAGUCCUGGGAGCAGAGGGGGACCAGCUCUCAGACGGGGGGAUACCUGCUCCCCACUGCCCGGCCCGCCACCUGGUUUGACCCUGUGGGAUUUGGCAACGCUCCUGCUGCGUGCUGCACAUACUCAGCGGUCUCUCAUUUUGAACUGGCACAAGGGAGCUUUCAGACGGACAUCUGCUGUUUAUAA